CAAAGUGUUUCGGCAAAGCUUGCAAGGGUGGCAGGGGGAAUGGGCGGGGCUAGCCGGGAUCAGCAACAGGUCCAGAGAGAUCGAUAUCUGCGGGAUGCUGGCGCAUGCGCGCCGCACUCUGCAUACACCAUGCGCUCUCUGGUGUUACUCUGGCUGUCAUUACUAAAUCCAGAAGGUGAAUGCGACCUCCUCCGUGACAGCGUCCACGUGACGUCAGCCGCCGCGAGACCCAACAACGACCUGUGGUGCUACAAGUGCCUGGCAGAGGUGCCCGAGGACAAGUGCGCCGACCUGCGCCACAACAACUCGGCGCUCAUCACCAAGUGCCACAACGACCGGCCCAUGUGCAUGGUCAAGCGCUUCUCCUACACAACAUCUAAUGAAAACUCCACGACUGAUCUCAAGAUGUGGGCGCUCGAGCGGAACUGCACCAAGCACUGCGAACCUGGCUGCAUCAUCAUUGGAGAACGAACGAAACUAUACGCCUGCACGUCAUGCUGCUCUACUUCUCUGUGCAACUACGGAUCCAGUGCCAGCAGAGGAACGCUCCAACUGAAGCUGCUGUCAGUAACUCUACUCGUCGUCGCGGCGAUCACCAGACUAACAUUAUGAUCACUCCAUAUCUAAACAAUUGUUGAUGUCUGGCAAGCCAACCGAGUCAGUAGGGAAUUAUGGGAUCAAAAGUAUAACUGUGG